UUUUCGAGCGAAAGUGAAAUAGUAUCUCCAGGGCGCGAAGUGAAAGCAGUCAAGUCGUGUGCUUCAGUGCUUUUAGGUGUUACUUGUAGUGACAUUAUAAUUGAUUUUUCAAAAUGGCCCUUGCAGCGCAGCUAGUCUUUGGUCUGGCUUUAGCCAUGGUAAACUGUCAAGGUCCUCCGGUUUAUGAAACUCACGUGCUGACAGCUGCCUUGGGGCCUAGCACUCUGGAACCGGCUACAGAAACAAAAUUUGAAACUGUCUACAAAACUCACCCGCUGCGAGUGAGGGUAACCAGUGAUGUAUGGAUAACUGAAACAAGAGAUGUGAACGAGGUGGUGACUGCUUUCGUCACAGUUUACAGCUACUUCCCUGCCAACCCCCGUACUGUCACCUCUCUCAUUCGUGUGAUUUCCACACCUGUUGUUGUAAAGACUGUCGAGGUUUUGGUCACUCCAACUCGUACAUUGACAUCGGUGCAUACUAGCUUCGUAACCACUACGCAGACUGUUCGAUUCUGGCAGAGCAUUACGCAUGUUUCCGUUGCCCAUUCUGUGCUGACUGUCCCUGUUUGGAGUACCCAAACUCUGGUGCAAGAGUCCACGACUACAGUAACAAGGUUAAUUACUACUGAAGUGACUUCUGUUACAAACGCUCCUGUUACUUCCAUUACAAGGUCAUACUUGCCACCUGGUCCUUAAGAGGCUACUGAAUGGGUUAUGGCUGGUUGUAGACUGGAAAAGUUUAACUAGACAUUAUCAGCAGUCUAUUGUAAGCCUACGUCUCCUCCUGUUUUAAAUUAAUUUUAUUCAGAUUUCCUAUUUUGUAUAAAGAUUUGUAGUACAUGAUUUGUAAGAUGGAAGUACACUACUUUAAUUAUUAUUCAGAUGUCCUAUUUUGUAUAAAGAUUAGAAGUACAUGAUUUGUAUGAAGAUGGAAGUACACUACUUUAAUUAAA